AUGGGAGAUCAUGAUGACUUUGAAGAUAGCCAAUUCCCUGAUAACGACGAGUUUGUACCGUACGUAACGGCCGGUAACCUAGCACAAAGAAAUGGAGCAAAAGUUACCCUCUGGGGUAAAGUUACUAAAGUAUCUGCAAGUGAAGGCUUCCAUGUAAAAACUGUUGAUGAUCAAGAAGUUCUCAUAAGAUUAAAAAAGCCUCAAAACGAGCCACUGGAAGGCUGGUACGAAAUUCACGGUGUGUCGCAAGGAAAAAGUAUACUAUGUGAUGAUUACGUGCCAUUUUCGGAGGAAAUGACUAAGAAUAUUGAUACUGAAAGUCAAAAAGCUCUAGCAAAGCUACUUGCUGCUCUAGAUGAUCCUUGGAAUCUUGGCGAUGAUAGUUCUAGUGGCCUACAUGGUGUUACAGCGAUGGAGUAG